UUCCCAAAAAUGAACUAUUAAUUAAAACAAAAAACCCAUCAUCCAAGAAGUGACAGCUAAUGGGAAUUGAUGAACAGAUAGAAGAUGAGGACAGGAGCAAAGGUAGGAAGUCUGAUUGGGGGGACCUGGCUUUGUCUUCAUCCCUCUGUCAUUCCUCAGUCCUGGAGACAAGCUCACCACCACUUUCCAUCCCCCUACAUAUUUGCACAAUCUCUCUUCCCUGUCAUUCCCAAGGCACCAGAGUUGGAAAUUCAAGGAAUUUCAAGGAAAAGUAAUUUUCAUAUUGAGGAUGAGGAUGACGCUGAUUGUAGAACUGGAGGUCCAGUGGUGAACUCAAGUCAGAAAUGGGAGACUCUGGCAGGACCCAAAAACUUCUCUAAGCUGUCCGGAAGCAGUAGAGUCUUGAGGUUUCCUGUGGACUUAGGGUCCAAGAAUUUCAGGCAAUAGUGUUGGAUACCUCUACAUCUAGUUCUCCCAGUUUUAGGAAUGUGUCCCUGUAGCUUUCUGAGGACUUAACUUCUCUUAUUCUAGGGACUGAUUUCUUUUUGCUUAUUAGGGAGCCAUCCUGGGACUGAGAGGAGUGAAUAAGACAGGAGGAGGGACCCAAGACCCCUUCAUUGACCCGUUCCCUUUGGUUGUGUUCCAAGGUGGGUUAUGGCACCAGAGAGAAACCUUUAUGCCACAAUGAUGUGUGGACUUUUGUACCAGUUUUAGGAGGCACCAUAUGCCAUUGUUCCUUACUGUUCAGACUACAGUUUCUCACCUAGACCCCUGUAUGAGAAAUGAAGCCCUAUUCCUAUAGUUUUGAUGUAGGCUUAGAAAGGGGUACUAUCAAGGUAAUGGAUGCAUUUAAUUAGGGAAUUGCACUGGAAUUAAUGUAAACACUGAAAAGUUGCUCUUAUCUGGUCUGACUUCUGGUGGAUUCUAUUGUCCUAUUCCUCUACCUAUUAAAUCCAUUGAAUAAGAACUAUUUUGGGCAACUUCCCUGGUGGUCCAGUGGUUAAGGCUCUGUGCUCCCAAUGCAGGGGACCUGGGUUUGAUCCCUGGUCAGGUAACUAGAUCCCUCGUGCAUGCGCAACUAAAAGAGCCUGCAUGCCACAACUAAAGACUCCAUGUGCCACAACGAAGACCUGGCGUAGCCAAAUAAAUAAAUAAAUAAAAUAUUUUGGGCAAAGUUACAGUUACCAAAGGGGAAACCGGGUGGGGGGAGGGAUAAAUUAGGAGUUUGGGAUUAACAGAUACACACUGCUAUAGGUAAACUAGAUGAACAACAAGGACCUAUAUAUAGCACAGGGAACUAUAUUCAAUAUCUUGUAAUAACCUAUAAUGAAAAAGAAUCUGAAAAAGAAUAUAUAUAUAUAUAUAUAUAUGAAUCACUUUGCUGUACACCUGAAACUAACACAACAUUGUAAAUUGUAAAUCAACUGUACUUCAAUUAAAAAAUAAUAAAAAUUUUUAUGGGCUUCCCUGGUGGCACAGUGGUUGAGAGUCCGCCUGCCGAUGCAGGGGACACGGGUUCGUGCCCCGGUCCGGGAAGAUCCCACAUGCCGCUGAGCGGCUGGGCCCGUGAGCCAUGGCCGCUGAGCCUGCGCGUCCGGAGCCUGUGCUCCGCAAUGGGAGAGGCCACGGCAGUGAGAGGCCUGCGUACCGCAAAAAAAAAAAUAAUAAUAAUAGUAAUAAUAAAAAUUUUUAAAGAACUAUUUUGGGGUCUCCUACCCAGAAAUCACUGGUAUCCAUGCCUUUCACCUCUCACUUCCCCAGAAGACCCAGAGGAGUUUUUUCUCAUCGAAGUUUAGGUCUAGAGAAAUCCUUAGGAUGAGAGGGAUACGGGGCAGGAAAAGGGAGAAACCUGAUUUCAGCAUGGGGGCAAAGGUAAGGGCAAAGCCUGAACUAAGAAGAGGCAGAUAAAUAUUUGUGAAUGUUAUGUCCUUCACUGUUUUCAGGGGGUCAACUGUUUUGUCUCGGGUAAAGAGAAGGUCAGAUCUAGAAAGCAGUCAUUCAGAUCAGAGAAGCACAGAGGCAAAGGACAUGUUCAGACCAUCUCAUUCCUCUGGCUUCUUUUUUUACCAGGAGCAGGUGAGUAUCUCCCACAGCCUAUAAGGUUUGAUGUCCAGCGUGAUUGAAAUUUCCAAGGGCUAAGACACUUCCAAGCUCUGACCAGUCCUGGUGUCUCUUCAUCCCAAACCUUUCCCCACUUCCCAAUCUGAGCAUUGCUUCUUUCCAGCAGGGCUGUUCUGCUGACCCAAUGAUCCAGGCUGUGCUGCUCCUUUGCUGUGUCUUGCUGUCCCAAGGGGCUGCCUUUCCAAAGGAAGGGGCCCUGAACUUCCAGCCAUCUUUCACAGAAACUGGGCAUCCUCUGAACGUGCUCUCCAACCAGAUCCCUCUCCCAGAUCCCCAUACUUGCCGGGAUCUCUUGCACACAGUCCCCUCCAUAGCCCCUCUCUCUGAGUACCUAUCCAACUUAGCUCUGGAGGCGGCCCUGGAGAAGGUUGGUUGCACAACCAAGGCCCACAUUCUGCAGCUUCAGCUUGUUAAGAUGGGAGGAAAGGAUACCACUGAAACCCUCAUCCAUGAGAGCAAAAAGCACAACAAUAAGGAAGAAGAGAUUGGUAAUGCUAGGGUCAUUCUGAAGGAUCUGGGAGGAUCCUUAGGGGAGCUUAGGCGGGUACAGCGUGUUACCCUUCCUGAGGCAUGUAGGCAGGAACAUAAGUGGGUGCUCUACAAGACAGCGCAACUGAUAGUUGAAUUUGCUGAGAAGCUCCCUUCCACUGAGCUGGUAACAAAGUUAAAGAUUUCUGUCAUUAGUGUCACCCAGAAGUGCACGGAUAAAUCUUGGGAGCAUUUGGAAGGAGUAGGCAAACGGCUGAUGGAAAGCCCUGAGAUGCCUAUGGAAGAUCAGAUAUACUUUGUCAAACAUUCCACAACUAUUCUGAUGUGCCUUAUACUGGGACUAAUACAAAAACAUUUCCAGACAUUUUUUGGAUAGGGAAGGCCUCCGAGGAAUCCCAUCUCCUGUCUCAAAUGUCUCUGAUAGGACUGUGUACAAGGACUGUGCACAACAGGUAGUUAGAAAUGUUGAGACAGCUUAGGGCAGAAGUGUGCUAUUCAUUUGAUCCCAGUGCUGAAAGACAUGUGACCAGAGUCAGCUUUGCCCCCUCUCUUAAUAGGUCCUAGCCCCUAUUUUUUUCUCCCAAUUUCUCUUUAUUUCAGUUAAAAGAUACUGUGGUUAUAUUAUGUACUAGACAUGAAGGAUAUUGUAAUCUUUCCCCGUUCAUCUACCUUUUACUUUCUAAUUCCCCAACUGGAUGCUAUAGCUCGCUUGUGUUAAUUUUUAAACUGAAAAGAGAAAUUAAAUGUUGCUUCUAUAUCAGAAUCACUGUUAUUUGAUCUCUCUUAACGGCGGGUCUCCGUGGCAUUUUUUGGGGGGUGGGGCACUGUGCAAAAUGGGAUCUUAGUUCCCUGACCAAGGAUCAAACCCAGGCCCACAGCAUUGAAAGUGCCGAGUCUUAACCACUGGACCACCAGGAACUUCCCUCCACGGCUUCUUUUGUGAGCUGGAGAUGAAAUGUGGCAGGAACAUGUAGGAAGUGCCAAUGUAUUUUCAGGCUGAGUGUGUAACAAGGGGACAAGGUUUGAGCAGUCAAUACAAAUGGGCAAAUAAUUAUAGAGGUCAUAUCCCUUGCUGAUCAUUGGGGAAAGCAACCAUCUUUCCUCCUUAUGGGACAGAGAACUGGGCAGAGUGGGUCUAGAUCUACCAGAGCAGUUUCACUUCUCACUGACUGGAUUGUGUGGUAAUUUGGGGCCCCAUACCUGCAUGGAAUGGGGCCCAUGUAAAGCAGAGGAAGUCCCUGGUGAUCUGGAUAGGGAGACCAAGAAGAGCAAUUGAGUCCCAUUCCCUGGCCCCAAACUUAAAAGGAAGAGAGGCUGGGAGUUGAUGGGUGAGAUGUCCUCUAACUGAGCUCUGGAUUCCUUCAGACCACAGCCCAAAGGAAACAGUUUGUGUGUUGUCUUCCACUCUAGUAUAGUCAGAUCCAGCUAGACAUCACCAAGACCCACCAUGACCUGCUCCUUUAGUGCCUCCUGCUGUACCCCGUGGUUGUCACUUCAUGUGGUGCCCAGAAAAAGACCCUGGUGCCUUUUUCCUCAUCUCUGGGGAUCCAGCCACCCACAGCAGGCUCUUGGUUCUGCCAGACUCUGCUCCCAAAGUCCCUGGCUGGCCUCACCCACUUUGUACUCCACCAAGGGUGUCCCUGGAGCAGACUGAUCAUGAGACUGAUUCCUAGACCC